AUGGACGCCUCCGGAUCCCCCCGCGGGGCGUCGGACGACCUCGACCGCAGCGACCCCGAUCUGGCCGACCGCAGCGCGGCACGCAAGUCCUUACACGCUGCAGGACUGCCGGACGAUCUCCCUAAGUCCUUGGACGACCGUCGUUCUAUCCCUCUCAUCCAGCCCGAAACGGAGAUGUAUGAUGCCUGGCAAGGCCAAUCCCAAUUCCUCACCACACCCGUGGCCGCAAAACCAUUGAGCUUCAGUCUAGCCCUCGACGACCACACCCAUGACGAAGAACAUAACCUACAGGCCCAGUACGGGCGCGGACUGGCCGCAUCGACCGACGACGAUAACGAAUCCACAACCACUGCCCGGCUGGAAGACAGUGAUGCCCGGUUGAUGGAGAUGCUUGCUGCGCAGGCUGCUCACCGGGAAGUCGAGUCGCUAGGUGCGGACGAGGAAGCUAUCGCAACGGAUGAGAAGCUAUCGGACGCAGAGAAGAAAGAUAUUUUACAGCGCAGCUUGAAUAUGGCGGCUAGUAACGGCGACGUGGAACGUGUUCGGCGACUAGUGCAAGGCCAUGCGGCUGAAUAUGUCGAUGUGAAUAAGCCGGAUGAAGAGGGGACGGUGCCGUUGAUCUAUGCUAGUUGCUUCGGACACCAAGAUGUUGUCUCAGCGCUUCUCGAUGCAGGCUCCCAUAUCGACCAGCAGGACCGGAAUCAGUGGAGUGCCUUGAUGUGGGCCAUGACAAACAGACACAAGACAAUCGCGAAGAUCCUUCUCGACCACGGUGCGUCUCCGGAUAUCAAGUCCUCGUCGGGCGGGACGGCGUUCGACUUUGCACAGCCUGGUAGCGAGAUUUCAGAGUAUCUGCAUGAAAAUGGUUACCACUUUGGGCCGAGUGCGAUCGAAGACGAUUUCUAUGAUUCCGGGUUUGGACACGGUCGCUUCGAGGAGGAGAUUGCUGAGAAUGAAUUGAAGCGGCGCAUGAUGAUGGAAGAGAGCGCUAUCAAUCUUGAGGUGGACCUAUCGAGCCUGGGGCUCGACGAAAAGUUUGACUCGUUAGAUGAAGAGGAGCUUGAAGAAGAACAGCAAGAAUUCGUGUGGGAUCGGUGUCUGAACGAUCAGAUGUUCGUCUUUCAGGAGAGCGAGCUCGAACGGAUCCUCAACAUCAUCAUCACCAACAUGACACCGCAACGUUCGCCCUCGCAGAAACCCGUCCCCGCGAACCUACUCUUUCUCAGUGCUCGAUAUGCGCACUACCAUGCUAGUCCCGAAUUGCUUGCUAAGCUGCUCGUUUCCGCGACCGAGAAGAUCAACGAUGUCGUUGAGCGCCAUCAGUGGGACAUGACGAUCCUGGCUUUUUGGAUGUCAAAUGCGACGUUGUUGCUACAUUACUUGAAGAAGGAUGGCGGGCUGGUGGAAUCUACGGUGGAAUUCCAGCUACACCUGGCCGAGCUUAUCAAUGAAAUCUUCAUUCUCAUCAUCCGCGACGCCGAGCGUCGCAUGAACAAAGUGCUCGACGCCGCCAUGCUAGACCAUGAGACCAUUCCGGGGCUAGAGGACGUCCACUUUCAAAAUGAGUGGAAGCUCUUCCGCUCCAAAUCCAAGAAAACGCCCGAACCGGCGGAGAAGCGCUUUCGACCUCCAUCCCCCAGACGGCGCGCACAAGUGUCUCCGCGCAACAUCACUUCUCUCCUCUCCUCUACGCUCUUUGUCCUGGAUCUCUACGAUGUACACUCCGUCAUCACCACACAGAUUAUCUCUCAGCUCCUGUACUGGCUUGGAGCUGAAACCUUCAACCGCAUCAUGUCGACCAAGCGCUACCUGGCCCGGACUAAGGCGAUGCAGAUUCGCAUGAAUGUGUCGACCUUGGAGGAUUGGGCGCGAAACAAUAACCGCCAACCGGAACAUUAUGAGAAUGGAUCGACGAGUAGCACGGGCGAGAGCACGAUGGAAUCCGCGCGCCGGCAUUUGGCGCCAGUCAUUCAACUCUUACAGUGGCUUCAAUGUUUCUCGUCGCUUGGGGACGAUUUUGAGUCACUUGUUACGACUCUGCUCCAGCUGCAGCAACUCACCCCGGCGCAACUCUUGCAUGCGGUCAAGUCGUAUCGGCCCGAGGUCGGGGAGAAGGGACUGACCAAGCCGGCUAUGAAGUUCUUGAUUGAGCUACAGCGCGAUCCGGGGCUGCUGUUCCGAGAGCAAGCGAAGCUUCAGGCACCCAAGCAAAACACCGCGGCACCCGAGGCAGGACCUACCGAUGGACGCCCACAGACCCCUCCGGCCUCAACAGCUUCAGAGACGGCCGGAUCCCCAUCCACGCGAGCGUCCGUAGCCUCGCCUGGCUCGAGCGUAGCGUCUCCGCACCCAGGCCCGUCGGCGUGGAUGGAUGAGCGCAGUAACAACGUAUUCCUGGACCCGUCCCUCACGCUCCCCUUCUCGCUACCCACGAGCACAGAUAUGCUGAUUAGUUACGGGGCGGGCUGGGGCGGCACGAACCGAGAACGCGCGCGCAAGUAUAUACCGACGGUACCUCCGGAGGUGCUGAGUCGGUUCGACCGGGACAGCUGA